UGAUGUAAUCGCAUUUGAUGUGUCAAAUUGAAUCAAAUUUAGUGGGAACUUACACACUAAUCGCAUUCGAAUAAGUAUAUAUAUUUUUAAAUAUAGAUAAUUACUUAUUUAUUGUUAAGGAAGUUCUAAUAGCUUCUAUUUGAAGUUGAUUAAAUAAUAUUUAUAUUAUUAUGCAAGCCAAAGGUGACACUGUUAUUGAUAUGGAAAUGAUGAUUGAAAGCACAGAACAUUUAAAUAAUUUAAAGAGUGAUUCACCUAAGGGUUAAAUAACUGAUUAGAGUGGCGAGAACCAAAGCUUGAAUCAAAGAGUCAGUUAGAUUGACUUGGAGUUCUAGAAGCUUUUAUGUUAGUUAAUUGAGACUAAAUUAAGUGAGAAUACAAUUACAUAAGUAUGUGCUUCUAUCUAUUUAAAGGUUCGUGACUUGUUAAAAAGAUUAUCUGGUUCUCUAAUUAUGGAGAUUCCGAACGGGCCACAGAUACUUCACAGUCUUUACUAAAUCAUCUUAGUAAGAAAAUCAACAAUCAAAAGAAAUUUUCCAUUUAGUCCAAUAUCUAGUGUAUUGUCCAGAAUCAAAAAGUUGAUCAGCAGAGUGAAAUAGCUGAUCCUAAAGAGGUUGAAUUUGUGGCAAAAGUCAAAGGACAUCCAAAUAAGUCAGCAUUCCGCAUUUCAUUUGUAUAAAUCCCAAAGCAAGAGGACAGAUGAUCAAACCGAAUCAUUGACCAGGCAGCUAUCAUUUGAAUAAUACAAGGAACCUAUCUAUAAACAAAUCACAAUUAUAUAGGGAUAAGGAUUAAUCAAAAUAUGA